AUGUCCGAGCAGAUACUCGGAUUUCGGCUCAACAAUGGUCUGCUCAUGCCUGCGAUUGGCAUAGGAUGUUGGAUGGGCAUUCCCUUCGCUGGCGAAGGCGAUCACGUCACUGAGAUGGUCAAAAAAGCACUCGCUACAGGUUAUCGGCACAUUGAUACGGCUGCAAAUUACGGUAACGAGCGAUCCGUAGGCCGCGCACUGCGCGAAUCGGGUGUUGCGCGCGGUGAUAUCUGGAUUACCACCAAGCUCGACCAUAAGGAUCAUGGUCGAGUUGCGCAGGCGCUAGACGACAGCCUUGCAAAGCUCGGGGUCGAUUACGUAGACCUCUAUCUCGUUCACUGGCCUCUUGCCGUAGAUCCAGACACAGGACGAACACUACAGCCAGACGAACACCCCACUAUUGCCGACACAUGGGCGCAGAUGGAAACCCUCCUCCUCACAGGCAAAACACGUACCAUAGGUGUAUCCAAUUUCAGCAUCAGAACCCUUUCCAUUCUCCUCGCAACCCAUACCAAGAUCACGCCUGCCGUGAACCAAGUCGAGAUGCACCCGUACCUCCCGCAGCACGCUCUGCGCGCAUUCUGCAUAGAGCGAGGUAUACAUCUCACCGCGUACUCGCCUUUAGGUAAGAAUGAGCUCAAGGAAGAGGAGGUGCUGCGCGGAACGAGUGUCGUGCCGAAGACGUCGCACGAGGAGAGAAUGAGGGAGAACUUGCAGUUCUUAGAGUUGAGCUCCGAGGAGAUGGAAGCCAUAGACGGGCUGCACACAAUGAGUUCGGGGAAGCACAGGAGUGUGUGCAAGUUCCAUUCAACCGAAUUCGGCGGGUCGUGCUUCGGUUGGACGUAUGCUCAGCUCGGGUGGAACAUGACUGUGGGGGGCGUAGCUAACUGA